AACGAAAGCUCAAAACAGCCAUUUUCACGGCCCAUUUGGAGCACAAAACUAAGCAGCUCGUGGCAAUUCUCCCGAUCUUCAUUUUCCAGAUUGUACCGCUCGCCGUCGCCGUCGCCGGAUUCCUCCGCCAUGUUCCGCCACACGUCUCGAAUUCUAGCCCGAGCCAACGCUAUCAGAUGGCGCCGCCCCUUCUCUACCGAACUGACGGCGGAUGCUACUUUCGUUGAGGCCUGGAAGAAAACAAUCCCAAACGUGGACCCACCCCAGACUCCGUCUGCCUACAUGGCCCCUCGCCCCGCCACCCCGUCCUCCUUCCCUUCCAAGCUCACUGUCAACUUUGCCCUUCCUUACUCCUCUGAACUCGCCGGUAAAGAGGUUGACAUGGUCAUAAUCCCUGCAAAUACCGGACAGAUGGGUGUUCUUCCUGGGCAUGUGGCCACAGUAGCUGAGCUAAAGCCUGGAGUCAUGUCAGUUCAUGAAGGCAACGACGUGACCAAGUACUUUCUGAGCGGUGGAUUUGCAUUUAUUCACGCAAAUUCGAUUGCGGAUAUAAUUGCCGUUGAAGCUGUGCCCCUUGAUCAUAUUGAUGCAAAUUUGGUCCAAAAGGGUCUUACCGAGUUCACACAGAAGCUAAACUCUGCAUCAACCGAUAUAGAGAAAGCUGAAGCCCAAAUUGGAGUGGAUGUACACAGUGCUCUUAACUCUGCUCUAACUGGUUAAGCUAUCCGGUCUCUUAUUUGCUUAAUUUCUCUCCCACCUCUGCCUGAUCGCCUUCAAUACAUUUUUGCAUAAGCUGGUCUUUUGUGCGGUUUUGUAUGACCAGGGUGUAAACUCAAAUAAAACACGCCACGAAAGCUCUCUUUCCAAAUGAUCAUUGCUUAAAUAGAGUUUAACAAUACACA